AUGAUUUUGACUCCUAGAUCAUCCCCUACAAAAAGUGGUGAGCUGAGAGCUUCAACUGGCUCUCCGUGUUCAACCAGGAGUCCAAAAAUGGUUAAUUAUAACAAGGAAACAUCAAUUCCUAUUACUGCGGAAUUUCAGAACCCACCAAUUCAGGCCGCAACAUUCAUUCGCAUAUUUGGCUACUUAACAGUAGUCUUCUACCUAGUAACAGUUUUUGUGUGUAAUAAAACAGGGCAACUUUCUUCCCCGGUGUAUGAAUCCUUUAUGAGUUUUCAUACGCGGGUUUCAGAGUUAUAUCUCGUGGUUUUAGAUUUAUACAAACGCUGCCCGGCAAUUACAGGCACCAUCAAGAAGCUCAGGUUCGAAGUUCCAUACUUCAUUAAGAUGUUCUCAUUGUACGUCCCGAGGUAUGAGAAGGCAAUAAUAUAUUUUACAACCUACAACACAUUGAACAAUUGGGUAUCCCUGUUCGUAGUUUUGACCUUCGUCUUCCUCAUGGAGCUUUUUGUAACGAUAGUGGACAAUUUAAUAGUCUCGUGUCGGUCUAAGAACUCUCAAAGAUACUGUGUCAACAUGGUCCAUCCCUCUAAAUUCCAUGAUAAGACAUUUACCCAAGAGCAAGUAAACAAAUUACUUCUGAGCCAAGAAUACAACAAGCUUAAGAAUUCUAGGAUCGGAUUGGGGCCUGAAGCAUGGAAUUGGCAACUCAGGAGGACAUUGCACAACUCUGAGGGCCCUUUGAAAUCGCAAACUGCCAACAAGUCUAGCUACGAUUCCGAUGGCAGUCAUUGA